AUGGAAGGACCUCUCAUAUUUGCCUAUCUACUCGCCUGGUCGUUGCUUGGGCAGGCAGUCGCCAAGGUGGCAAAUGCCAAUGCGCUUGUACCUGAUAAGUUCAAACGCCGGGCGUAUCAUUCAGUGGCGGUACUGCGGAACCAUCUCUACGUCGAGGGUGGAAAGAUCUCCACGUAUCGUGACGGAGAAGCGACUUCAGAGAGAGAAUACGAUCCUGUAAACACUACUCUCUACAUCCCGCUGGAUGUCGACUGGACGAACAGAACGUUGGAGCUGAAAGAGAUACAACAUGCAAUCGGAAUGCCUACAGUCGACCACUCUGGUCUCUGGGCUGACGAACGGGACGGCGGUGCCAUCUAUCGCUGGGCUGGGAGGCGCCAACUCCGCCAACUCGUGGGGAAGGACGAACCGAAAACACUUUGGAAACUGGAAACAGGCAGUGAUGGGGAUGGCGGCUGGACCGCAACUACGCCUAGGAAUCCCGAGGGUUUCAACGCGAUCAUCCGGACACGAGACGCCGCUUCGGUAUCGUGCGAUGGGCUCGGCCUUUACAUCGGAGGCAUCACAGACCCGGCAACGGAAUACAACAGGAAGACGCGGGCAGUUCCCGGUACAUUGAUAUACAACAUGGACUCUCGAGAGUGGACAAACUCUUCGAGCCGUGAAGCUUUUCAACCAGAGGGGCUGCACAAGGUGGGAACGCCGCCUGUGUGCACGUCAAGGUUUGGGGGGAAUCCUUUAGUUUUCCUGCUCGGGGGAGAGUCAGUGACGAGCAACAACCGAAUCUCCAACCUCAGGAGCUUUCAGCAUGUCACAAUUCUCGACCCAGUCAAGAGACAGUGGUAUGAACAGAGGACAACGGGUGGCCCGCCGCUGCCAAGAAAGUACUCUUGUGCCAUUGGUGCUCAUGGGAACAACGGCACAUAUGAGAUCUUCAUGUACGGGGGAGCCAUUGGAGACGACGCCCAAAGUGACAUUUGGGUUCUCACUAUUCCAGGCUUCCAGUGGGUACAAACGAACAGGACUGGGCCUCCGCGUUAUGGGCAUGGGUGCGCUCUAGCUGGGAAGAGACAAAUGAUAUCGGUAGGCGGUCUGGGACCCAAGGGGGGCUUCAAACCGGUUGAUGAAUGGUACGCGGGGAUUGGGGUUUUCGAUCUGUCUACCUUGCAAUGGAAGGAUCGUUACGAGGCGAAUGCCGGGGAUUAUGAUUCGCCGAAUCUUGUGAAGGCCUUUUAUGACAACGGAGGUAUGAACCGUGUCGGGUGGUUCAAUGAUACGGUCAAAAAUCUGUUUCUCAGAGCUGAUGGGAGCUUCAUUUCUAACAACUCGACGCUUUCGCCAGACAUAGGCAGCUCGCGUAGCCCAUCAGUUGCUGCAAUUGCGGGCGGAGUGUUCGGGGGUGUUGCAAUCGUCUUGCUCGUCCUCGCAGGGCUCUGGUUCUGGCAACGCCGCUGGCGGCCAUCGGCUGUUGAGGAGGUGGGCACCGAUGUUGGGGCGCAUGGAUUUUCUUGUGGUCGGUCAGAUGCUAAUGGCACUCCCAAGGCAGAGUUGGCCACCAGGGAAACCCACAAUUUAGUUACGGGGUGGGAAACUGAGGCCGGCGGCAUUCCAAUGUCAGGAAUGGCUGCCAAGGAUGCACAUGCUCUUGGAUGUCCCGGUGGAGCCGAGAUGAGCAGCUUUGCAAAGGGUGUAGGCUUGCUGCCUCGCCAAUUACCGGAGCGUCUUGCUGAGCUGGAAGCGCCUCUCCAGCUCCAGGAGAUGAAUUCAUAG